AUGGAGAGCGUAUGGUCCUAUUACAUACCGCAUUGUGGGAAUGAUAUUGCAGUGCGCUGGUCAAUUUCGGAGCUUGAUCGCGGCGCUAUUUGGGAACCAUUCAAUAGCCUCACGUAUUCUAGUCCAUUUUGGAUCACUCCCAAAACGCCUCUAGGUACUGCCGCGAUGCAUUGGGGCAGGAAGUUGGGUGAGGAAACGACCAAAGAUUCAGUAUGCCGGCUUCAGCCUGCAAUCGUUAUCAAUCACUAUUUGGUACACGCCGCGACCUCCAGUGACCUCGCACGUUUACAUCGAAAGGUCAACAAUCGAGUUCAAGUUAGUAUGGCAGACCCGUUAUGGCCCGCUGGGCAAUGGCAGGAUCACGAUUACAGGGACCACCAUACGACGCUUUUCCACCAAUUAAGCACAGCUAACGUGGAUGAGUCCAAGCUAGUAGAAUCUAUGCUACAAUUACCGCCGCAGUGGCGGGAGCAAGGAUCAUUCGAACUUGGUGGAACAAGCGCGAGCACUGGCCCGAUUAUUUGUCCGAAUUCGAGUCAAGCGUUCGGUACCAACGAUGAAGUGUUCCGGCCACAGCCAGAGCUGGCCGUGCCAGGUAGCAGCCAGUUGCUACAACCAUUCGAGUCAUUCCCAGCUUCUCAGGCUACCCAAGACCACAUUUUAUCUUUAGCUAGUGACCUAGGCCAAGCUACCCCCUCAGGCUCGGGGGUCCAGGCCCAGCCAGUAUAUCCUCCGGCAUUUUCGUUAAUAGGGUACAUGCAGUCACUGCAGUACCAGGCGUCCGCAGGUGGCAACCACUCGAAUGCCGUGACGAGCCCGGAGCCACAGCCCAGUCAGGGCAAUCACAGCAUCCUACACGCCCAGUCACAGCGCCAGUUCUCAUUGGGCUCUUUCGGCUCGACGUUCCCUUCGCCCGUUGACAACGGGAUGGAAAUACUGCAACGACAGGCUGGUUCAGAUGGCUUGCCAAUGCACGGCGGCCCAAGUCGAGGGUAUGAUACGUUAAUCGAACAAUCGCUACGGUAUCAGGCGUCCGCGAGCCAAAACCAUCCGGGUGCCGUGACGAACCCGGAGCUACAGCCCAGUCAGGGUAAUCACAGCAUCCCACACGCCCAGUCACAGCGCCAGUUCUCAUUAGGCUCUUUUGGCUCGACGUUGCCUUUGCCUGUCAACAAUGACGCAACUAAGGUGCUCCAACACACCGGGGUCCAACGCCCCAGUUCCAAGCAACGGACUUCUCGCAACACUGCGCCUAAGGACGUUCCCCGUGCAAGAAAGUCCAAGGCAGUGAAGCCAGACCUAUUCGUCAUUGUAUCGCAGGCUUUACUUGGACAAGUGUACGACGAAUCUCACAGCAGGAUGAUAAGCUUGACCUUUGAGGAGGGACUUUUUCCUACCGCAAAAGAACUUACAAAAAGGGCCACGAAAGCUCUAGACGAGGUUGUCGCCCUUCAUGCAGACGAGGGAAUCAAAAACUGGAGGUCAACGGAUGGCGAAGCCCGUAUCACCAAAUUGAAAGCCGUCGUCACAAUGCUCCACCGCGACUUUGCGGACCGGAUUGGCAACGUUAUUACGGGGUUCCAAUUAACCUUUAAUAUAACCAAGAGCAAGGCAGAGAUGGACUUGCAGCGCCUCACUGUUGUCACCACUAUGCUGCUGGACAACUCAUUUCUAGAUGGGCACCUAGAGAUACCGGUGAACGCAAGCGAAUCCCGAAUGUGCGGGAUUCCAUUUGCGCAUCCAACAAUUGUCGAUUUUAUGGAAGAGAUGUUGUCGCGCCAGCAAUAUUCCCGCUUUAUCCCCUUCCAUGAAGACGUGCAGUGGAAAAAAUGCAUUAGAAAUAUUACCUGCUUCAUUGCAGCUCUAUGUCGUUGGAAGAUGAGGCACGCUGCAGGCAUAGACACUGUAACACGCUUCCCUGGCCAGCAAGAUAAGGACUGGUACGCAGCUGCCAUAAAGGACGUCCGCUCGUUUACUGGAGAUAAAGAGAUAACGUUCAACUAUUUCAUACAAGCUAUGCCCCGUAUGCUAGGUCUUUCAAAGGCGGAGGAGGUAGCUCGUAAUUCCGUCGAGUAA